CCUGGAGAUACACCUCCUACUCAAGCACCGGCAAAUGAUCCAGAAAAAAACAAAACCGAAGAAUCAAUAAUUGAAAACAGACCCAAGACACCUAUGGCAACGCGCCUAUUGAAAACGAAUUCUGAACCCCCAAUGCCAAUUAAACACAAUUUACCGUGUACAGUAUUCCCACAUAAGGGAAGUUACAUCAGAAAACCAACAUUUGUGAUUAAAGAGAAAACUCGUUCACAGACGACAGCCGAACUAGAAACCCAAACCGAAAAUUAUUUUAAAACCGAAGAAGAGAUUCAUAUACUAGACAUAGUAAAAGACAGUGGUUUGUCGAGUGAAGAACUACAAAAUCGCCUUGCCGAUAACAUGCAGGAGAAAGAAAAAAAUAGCGAUGAUAAAUCUAUUACAACGAUAGAUUUAGAAGAUGACUCUGAAGAUGCAAAUGAUUUAUAUGCUAAAGUAAUGAAACAUAGCACUAACAACAAGUUAGUGUUGAAUAAAAUUGCUAAGAUAUUUCAGAAAAGCAAGCCCUCGUUACCUUCCUUCGACCCAAACCCACCUUCCACGUCCCCUACUGCAGAGCCCUGUAGAGCCCUGGUAGAGCGCCCUACAGCGAGUCCCAUCUCUGCAGCUGGUGAGCUGGCAGAUACAUUAAAACCCACAAUUGACGAUUUACAAAAAGGUUUAGUAUUCUCAGUGAUGUUACAGCAGAUGGGUUUUCGCCUUGUUCGAACAGAACCGCAGACCCAAGCAACUCAAACAGAAGAAAAUAGAGGCAACAUUAGAAAGCGACGGCGGGUGUUUGCGAAAGAUGAUAAUCAAUCAGUCAAUGAAUUGAUGGGUCAUUUUGAGCAGAAUAUCCAGCGCACGCCUGUGGCUCCUGUCCGACCGUCUCAUGAGUUGUCAGCGUUGGCGCCUGAAGUGCAAGAUGUGGCAGUGUUCCAGGCACACAACUCGCCGCGGCAGCAGCAGCCGCAACAGACUCCGCCGCACUACGUGUCCGAGCACGAGAGGCCGUCGCAGUACUACCCGCACAUGUCUGCCUUGAUGUCGCCGCAGGAGCAGCAGCGUGCACAGAAUACAGCGCCGAGAAGUUCUCAUUUGAGUUCAACAGCGGCACAUAAUCCCUUUGAGCAGAAUCAAAACAACAAUACAUUCAGUACAUCACAAUCUCCAGUCCAAAUGCAGAACCAAGUCCAGCGGUACCCCAGUCAAAGACGGCAGAGCGUGCACGGGCCGCCGCACCUGUCCCGCGUGAUGUCCACCCAAGAGGCCAACAUGCACGGUUCACAGGCGCAGCAACCGAGCUGGGGCUACCCGCCUUAUUACGAGCAGAAUGUCUACUCUCAGAGACACCAGUAACUUUGUUCACAGCCACAAAUGGGGUACCCCCAUGCCCUAAAGACGGCGGAGCGCGCACUGACUGACGCACCUCUUACUUGAUGUCCACCGUUAUUGAGAAGGCCGAAGGCUGUGAUCCACAUAGGGCCAGUAAGUAGUCAAACACAGACUAAUAGUAAGUGUUUAUUGUCUCGUAAGGCCGAAUUCCUGAAUCUUCCAGGCUUCGUACUGUUGAAUGUAAGAAAAAGGCCACGCCACGAGGCCAACAUGCACAGCUCACAGACCCAGCAACUGAGUUGAGGCUACCCGCCUUAUUACGAGUACGAACAUAAUGUCUGGCCUAAGAGACACCAGUUAACUUUCUUCACAGCCAGUCCAAAUGAAGAAUCAGACCCUGCAACCAGGCCCACCGAAUAACUAUAGUCAGAGAGACUUCAUGGUCGAUUCGGCCUUAUGGUUCAUUACGAUGUUAACUGAUUUCCGCAACAUGUUAUGUUGUAGGUAUUAUUUUAAGUGGGAAAGUAACUUAUAAGUACUUACAUGUUAUAACAGUAUUGCUACCGAAAUAUAUAUUUUUUAUUUAUUACGGACUGAUCGGCGAUUGACCCUAGUCACACCUGAUGGGAAGUGAAGACAGAGUCUAAGAUGGAGUUCACCGAUUCAGUAAUAGCCUAUUCACUCUAUUUACUAUUCAAUUAUUAUAAUUAAACCAAUUCUACCAAAUAAAAUCGCUAAUUUGUCGCUUUGUAAUUUAAGAAUACUUUGCUCAUAUUUUGUCGUGAUCGUGACUCGUGAGGCAAUAGUUACAUAUAAAUAAAUAGUAGGUAAAGAAGGCACAUAUUAAGUGAAGAUAUUAUUAUGUCUGUUAAAUCUUGUUGGCAAACAAAUAUCCUUGUGAAAAAUUACAUGAUAAAAAUUAGACCUAAUUUUGAACUUUGCGUCAGCAGUUUAAUGAAAAAAUUGUACAUACAUAUAAUUAAGAUAAUUAUAAUAUUCCCCAAUAAGGGGGUUGGCAGAGCACAUGAAACUGCUCAAUCUUCAGUGCCACUCUUAGCAAUUAAGGGGUUAAAAUAAAAUGAAUUUGUGGUAUUGCAGUGACAGGUUCCUUUCCUAGCCCAUCGCCCACACCACUUCUACGAUACCCGGGUGCUUUUAAAAAAAAUCCUGAAUAUUGAAUGUCACCAGAUCUGGACAUGUUUGGGAUAAUUCUUCUGAGAACCAUGAGCCAAUUCGAUCUCGACGAUAAAAAAAAAUGUGUUUUAAUUUUUUUUCCUUUACGUCACGAUUUUAGUAUUGUACUUACUGCGAGCGUGACGUAUUGGAAACUCGAAUUUUGUAUGGAAAAUUU